AUGUCUUCUCAGAGCUCCGCUGUCGAUAAAAGACAAAAGUUUGAGUCCAUCUAUCCAGACUUCGUCAAUGAUAUUCUGGACUACCUAAAGUCCAUCAAUAUUCCCAAGGACGUUGCUCAGUGGUAUGAAAAGAGUCUUUACCAUAAUACCCUUGGAGGAAAGUAUAACCGUGGAUUGUCUGUCAUUGAUACAUACGAAAUCCUGCUUGGUGAGCCUCUUGAUGAGAAAGCUUAUAAGAAGGCAUCUGUCCUUGGAUGGUCCAUUGAGUUGCUCCAAGCCUUUUUCCUCGUCGCUGAUGAUAUGAUGGAUGCUUCCCAAACAAGACGCGGUCAACCUUGUUGGUAUUUAUUGCCAAAUGUUGGAAACAUCGCCAUUAAUGACGCUUUCAUGCUUGAAUCUGCUAUUUACUUCCUUCUUAAGAAGUAUUUCCGUCAGGAUCCUUACUACGUUGACCUUCUUGAACUCUUCCAUGAUGUUACCUUCCAGACUGAACUGGGCCAACAACUCGAUCUUCUUACUGCCCCCGAAGACCAUGUCGAUAUUUCCAAAUUUUCUCUUGAAAAGCAUUCUUUCAUUGUUAUCUACAAGACCGCUUUCUAUUCCUUUUACCUUCCCGUUGCCUUAGCUAUGUAUCUUGCUGGCAUUGCAUCUAAAGAAAACUUGCAAAUUGCAAGUGAUAUCCUCCUUCCCCUAGGAAAGUACUUCCAAGUACAAGAUGAUUAUCUUGAUUGUUACGGCGAUCCCAACAUCACCGGCAAAGUCGGUACUGAUAUUUUGGACAACAAAUGUUCCUGGCUGAUCAAUCUUGCCCUCUCCAAGGCAUCUCCUGAGCAACGUGCAAUCCUCGAUAAGAAUUACGGCGUUAAGAACCAUGAAUGCGAGGCUAGAGUCAAGACCGUAUUUGAGGAACUUGCUAUUCGUAAUGAAUUUGCAAAAUACGAAGACGCUGAAGUGUCUGGAAUCAAGAAGCGUAUCGAGUCUGUUAACGAGUCUGGUGGUUUAAAGAAGUCUGUCUUUUUGACCUUUUUGGGCAAGAUUUACAAGAGAAACAAGUAA